ACCAUUGCACCCCCCAACCCGCAGUGGACGCCUAUAGAAUGUCGUUACCUCCCCCUCUUGGCAUCGUUUAUGAAACCUACAUGACAGGAGCCGACAUGGCAAAGGCAGCCGGUAACAUUGACGAUGCCAUGAUGAAUUACCUCAAGGCUUUCAAUGUUUUGCCACAAACGCAAGACUUCGACCAGUUCCGUCAUGACAUGAUGCUUCAAAUCUCUUACAUCGGUGGAUCGACAAAAACAAGUGCCUUGAAAGAGGAGAGCUUGCUGAUCCUUGAGCGGUUGGUAGAAGACACAGAAAACCAAGAACCAAUUUUCAUCAGAGCUAUCGCUAGCCAUUUGCUGGCCUGCCACUACGCUGCAUGCCACAAGAUUCCACAUGCACAUGCUUGCUCCAAAGCCACCAUUCAGUUGUGCAAUGGAGCUACCUCGGAAGACAGGGGGCGAACCCAUAAAAUUGGGGGGACUGACUUCUCUGCAAAUAAUGUUUUUAAUGACAUUGUGGAAAAAUCUGAGAAAAUUCGAGAUUACAGUGGGGACACAUUGGCAGGCUAUUCCAAACAAAGUUCAACUUUCCUUCAGGAGUUAGUUGGCCUGGGUUCAAACCCCUUGGAUGUCCCUACGUCUCUCUCUGAAAUGCAACCUGGGACAGCCCAGGAAUGGCUGGACUUGACGAAAAGCAAAUUGCAGCAACAGGGCGAGGCCUUCACAACGCCACCAACUCUAACCUGCAAGAUCAUGGAAACAGUGAAAGCCCUUCAUGAGAAUGACAAGACAUUUUUGAUCUUUUAUCAGGGACCACUCGAAAGCGCAAGUCAAACACUGCAAGAUCUGAACACUUCGGAUGAAGCAGCCCAGUUGAUUCGACAUAUGGAUGACGAAUGGCAGAAUAAGCUUGUAUACCGGGUGUUUGAUGUCGAUAUGAAAAGAAUCGAGCGGGGGAAAACACACAAUGUCUUCUGUGAUGUGCAGCUGGUUGCGUGCAAUGCUGAAGAAAGCCAUGAAAAGAAUCUGUUGUCAGCCUUUGCCAUUGCUUGUUUGGAACCGCGAGGCAAACCCGGGGCACUUACUGCAGGGGAUCCGUCCAGACCCAAAAAAGUGCUUUUCCCCACAACACACAGCACUCAGCACCCACAGAUUAGAACAUUCAUGGCCAUGAUGGGGUGCGAAGAAAUUGAUGUCGCCGAUUUGACGGUGCUGAAGCUAUUGGAACAACAAUGCAAGACUGCCUUGAAGGUAUCCCCGUUCUCCAAGAAAGCCACUCCUCGUUUGUAUGACCAUGCAGCCGGAAACCAGUGUGGGAAGUGUGGGAUCGUUGGCCCCAGCCUGUUGAAGUGUUCUUGUGGCAAAGCCUACUACUGCAGCAAGGAGUGCCAGAAAGAUCAGUGGCGCAGCCAUCGAGCAGAUCACAAGAAAGCCAUGAAGAAAAAGGCCAACAAGGAGUCCUCCAAGUAGGGAUGUGUGGACUGAGAUCUGCUUUGUUGUAGCAGGCCCAAUCUGGAAUCAAAGGGCUGCACUAUGAGCUUGGCAUUCCCACGCAUGGAUUCCAAAUAAGGUUUGCGGGGAAAUGAUACCCAACAGUAUGUCAAGAAAUCUAUCAAUCCGUCUACCUAGCUAUCUCAAUUAACUUUCUUUGAUGCAAUGCCGACGUGAAUGCAUCAAUCAUGCAAGGCAAGCGCAACUCCGCCUUCUCUGUUCACAUGAGAGAACACACCAAGAGGGAAAAUAGUGCAAGGAUACAGCCAAAUGUUGAUGGAACCGUGGCUUUCGACGCAUCGGUAUCAGCCUCGUUACCGUCUGUUCCUUUGCUUCCAUUUCCAGAACUGCCAAUAUCCGAUUCUGUUCUUGCGGGAACAUUGAUUGUAUUCUGGAUUCCUCCACUAGGACAUGCAAGGUCACUUGUUGCGUAGGUAAACAAGCCAACCUCACCCUUCAGACAGGAGGGAGCAAAUGGGGGGUUCACGGUCAAGUAAUACCCAUAUUCACCAUUGCUGUCUACUUUCCCAUUGCACUCAUCAACGGUUCCUCCAAAUGCGGCACUUUGUUGUAGAGUCCCGGCAGAAUCAUAGAGACCAUAGAUUGGAUGACCAUCACGAGCAAAGCCAACAAUGGGGCUUGGCGGGGCUUUUUCUGGAAAUUGGGAAGCUAGCUCUCCAAAAGGUCUAGUUGCAUUGCCUUCAUCAUUGAUCCACCAACUUGAAGAGUCGGCAAAGGCAACUCCCAUGGAUUCUAGCAAGCAGAUUGGUGGGAUGUGGUAAUGAUACUGAUGCUUCUUGUCCGAGUGGCCAUUGCAGCUGUCGUAAGCCCAGGUCUGCUUGUGGCUAUCCAGGAGAACCCCAUUUGACAAGAUUCCUACUACGUCGUCUUUGAUCAUUGUGGGUUCUCCAACAACUGGAUUCUGGGGGAUCACCAUUUUGUAGUGUUGGAACAGUGGCUGGUAGAGUCCGUGGGAUGUCAUUCCUACACCGCAUCCACCUACGAGGGACGCAAACAUGAAAAGGCUUUCACGAGACAAGCAUUGGUUCACAUGCAUUUCAUUUUCAACUACUCACAACCACAUCCUCCACAACCACAAGAACCACAUCCUCCACUACCACAUCCCCCACAACCACAACCGCAAGAACCACAACCACCGCAGGAAUUGCAGCUGCACGCCCCAGAACAACCAGACUCAGAACCACAACCAGCACAGCAAUCCGUCAUGUUUUUGGAAGCACUGCAUUGAGAACCACAACCUUGUCGAGAGCAGAAAGGUUGAGUUUUGGUGCAAGGCUGCACGUGUUGAGAAACACUAAAAGCUAGAGAACUUCUCGUACCUGAGCAUGCGCUGCAGUAGUUGGUUGAAUUGCAGGUGCCAGCACAACUGCCACAGGAGUCUUUGAUGUUUGCAGAGAUGAGAAGAAAGACACCAGAGUAUGAUAUAUUAAUGUUCAUCACAAUCAGAAAGAAAAGAAAUGAACAGAAAUGAACACUGCUUACCUCCACCACAGCUGCCACAGGAUGAUUCAUUCAAGAAUCUACCAUGAGAGAAAAUGUUCUUCGAUGCUGCCACCACAACUGUCUCGUCCACUGAUUUGCCCAGAAGAGCCAGCAACAAGAGAGGGAAUCCAGGAAUGAUAUCAGGGUUCACUGCAUGCAUGGCUUACUCGCUUCUCAGCUGCUGACUGUAUCUCACCUCCACAAGAGGACCCACAAGAGGACCCACAAGAGGACCCACAAGAGGACCCACAAGAGGACCCACAA